AAAAAAAAAAAGAAAUAAAAAGUCACCAGUUCAACAGUUUCAUUUGCAUAUACAUUUUUUCUUAUGGAAGAUUUCCCUGCUGGAUACUUUUACAUAAAAUCUCGACAUUCUGGAAAAGUCAUUGAUGUUGACGGCGCUUCACUGAAAAAUGACGGCAAGAUACUCAUAUGGACACCUAAGCAUAACGAAGACAGAGAUAACCAGCUGUGGUAUUAUCAAGAUGGUUUCAUAGUUAAUAAAAAAUCAGGCAAGGUAUUAGACGUCAGAGGUGGGCCUUUGGUGGACAAUGCAUGGAUAUGUCAGUAUGAUCGUAAACUGGUAGCAGAUGCUCAUAAUCAACGUUGGGGUUAUAGCAAAGGGUAUAUCUAUGUAUUAGCUGACCCACACAUGGUGCUGGAUGUCAAAGGCAAUAGCACCUUGGAUGGAACGAGAGUCAUUUUGUAUCAUAAAAAGUUUGGAUAUGAUAACACACAUCAACUAUGGGAUCUGAUACCCGCAGGCGAUAUACCAGGAGAAAGAGAAGUUUUAUUUGAAGCUGAUUUUUUGUAAGAUGGAAUGAAUUGUUGGUCUAUCUUUUGGAUCAACAGUAAGCAUGUACGAUAUUAAGUCUUGUAAUAAAUUGGAAUAUAAGCCUUUGUCUGGCGAUUCACCAUAUGCCAUUGC